UACUGGUUGACCUCUCAGACUCCUGGAGAUGAAGAAAGAGGAGGAAGAGGAUGACGGAGUCUCUAAUAUCCAGCUGUGUGUCUAUGAAGAGUGACCGGUCUAAAGAGCAUCCUCCACUCUUCAGUAAUGAACCUGGACCCUCAGACACAAAAGAGCCAAGAUGACAGAGGCGGACCUCCUUAAGCUUCUGGAAGAUUUAACAGAUGAAGAUUUUGAGACGUUUGUGUGGUACCUGAAGUAUGAAAAGGUGGACGAAAUCCCAGCCAUCAAAAGGAGCAAGCUGGAGAAAGCAAAGAGGCGAGAUGUUGUAGAUCUGAUGGUGCAGAAAUAUGGAUUUUCUGAAGCUGUGGAGGUGAUGAAGACCAUUUUAAAGAAGAUCAACAGGAAUGAUCUGGUGAAGAAAUUGUCAAACAUCAGCUCAGGAUCAGUAGAUGGUGAUCUGCAGGAGGGUUUAUGUAUAUGUAAGAUCAAUCUGACGAGGAGAUGUCAAAAUGUGACUGAAACAAGUGAUGAACCAGGAGGUGAAACCUACUUCAAUGAGAAAUACACUGAGGUCUACAUCACAGAGGGAAGGAGUAAUGAGCUUAAUACUCAACAUGAGGUAAGGCAGCUUGAGACAACUUCCAAGAUGAAGACCCUCCAUGACUCUCCAAUCAAAUGCCACGACAUCUUUAAAGCCUUACCCAACCAAAAGAAACUCAUCAGAGUCGUUCUGACAAACGGCGUCGCUGGCAUUGGAAAAACCUUCUCAGUUCAGAAGUUCACUCUGGACUGGGCAGUGGGCUCCGAAAACCAAGAUAUCAGUCUGCUGGUUCUGCUUCCAUUCAGGGAGCUGAACUCGAUCAAAGAUGAGCAGUACAGUCUGAUCAUGCUGAUCCAGGAAUGCCAUCCAACAUUAAAGCUCACAGCAAAGAAGCUCGCUGUCUGUAAAGUUCUGUUCAUCUUUGACGGCCUGGAUGAAAGCAGACUUUCACUGGAUUUCAACAACAGUGAGGUUGUGACUGAUGUCACACAGAAGACAUCAGUCAGCGUGCUGUUGACAAACCUCAUCAAGGGGAAGCUGCUUCCCCGGGCUCUCAUCUGGAUAACUUCCCGACCUGCAGCAGCCAAUCAGAUCCCUCCCUCAUGUGUGGACAGGGUAACAGAAGUACGAGGCUUCACUGAUGCCCAGAAGGAGGAGUACUUCAGGAAGAGAUUCAGUGAUGAAGAGCAGUCCAGCAAAAUCAUCUCACACAUCAAGACAUCCAGGAGCCUCCACAUCAUGUGUCACAUCCCAGUCUUCUGCUGGAUCACUGCUACAAGUCUGGAGGAAAUGUUGACUACAGACCAGAGAGGAGAGCUGCCCAAGACCCUGACUGAUAUGUACUCACUCUUCCUACUGAUUCAGACAACGAGGAAGAAGAACAAGAAUGAUGAGGGACAUGACACGAGUCCAGAGGAGCUGACGGAGGCCGAUGGGAAACUUCUUCUGAAGCUGGGGAGGCUGGCGUUUGAACAACUGGAGAAAGGAAACAUCAUGUUCUACCAAGAAGACCUGAAGCAGUGUGGUCUUGAUGUCAAAGAGGCUGCAGGAUUUUGUACACAGAUCUUCAAAAGAGAGAAACUCAAGAUGAAAGCAGUCUACAGCUUUGUUCAUCUGAGUGUUCAGGAGUUUCUGGCUGCAGUCUACAUGUACCACUGUUACACCAGCAGGAACACAGAGGUACUGAAGGACUUCCUGGGACAAGACUACAGUGACUCAUCUCUGGAUCACUUCCUGAAGAGAGCCACAGAGAAAUCUCUCCAAAGUAAAAAUGGCCACCUGGACCUGUUUGUUCGCUUCCUUCAUGGCCUCUCUCUGGAGUCCAACCAGAGUGUCUUAGAAGGUCUGCUGGGUCAGACAGAGAACAGUCCAGAAACCAUCCAGAGAGUCACCAACAACCUGAAAGAGAUGAACAGCGGUGAUAUCUCUCCUGACAGAAGCAUCAACAUCUUCCACUGUCUGAUGGAGAUUAAUGACGGCUCAGUAAAUCAGGAGAUCCAAGAGUUCCUGAAGUUAGAGAACAGAUCAGAGAAGGAUAUCUCUGAGAUCCACUGCUCAGCUCUGGCCUACAUGCUGCAGAUGUCAGAGGAGGUUCUGGAUGAGUUGGACCUGGAGAAGUACAACACAUCACUGGAGGGACGACGGAGACUGAUCCCAGCUGUGAGGAACUGCAGAAAGGCUCGAUUGUGUGGCUGCAGUUUAAAAAAGACCAGCUGUGAUUUUCUGGCCUCAGCUCUGAAGUCCAACCCCUCCCAUCUAAGAGAGCUAGAUCUGAGUAACAACAAGCUGCAGGAUUCAGACGUGAAGCUGCUGUGUGAUCUUAAAGAGAAUUCAGACUGUCGUCUGGAGACUCUGAGAUUGGAUGACUGCAGUUCAUCAGAGACCAGCUGUACUUCUCUGGCCUCAGCUCUAAAGGACAACCCCUCCCAUUUGAGAGAGCUGGAUCUGAGAUACAACAAGCUGCAGGAUUCAGAUGUGGAGCAGCUGUGUGAUCUUCUGAAGAGUCCUGACUGUAGACUGGAGAGACUGGGAUUGUGGCGCUGCAGUUUGUCAGAGAUCAGCUGUACUUCUCUGGCCUCAGCUCUGAAGGCCAACCCCUCCCAUCUGAGACAUCUGGAUCUCGGUAAAAACAAGCUGCAGGAUUCAGACGUGGAGCUGUUGUCUGAUCUUCUGAAGAGUCCAGACUGUAGACUGAAGGAUCUGAGAUUGCAUCGCUGCGGUUUGUCAGAGACCAGUUGUGCUUCUCUGAUCUCAGCUCUGAAGUACAACCCCUCCCAUCUGAGAGUGCUGCAUCUGAACUACAACAAGCUGCAGGAUUCAGACGUGGAGCUGCUGUCUGCUCUUCUGAAGAAUCCAGACUGCAGACUGGAGGCUCUGAGAUUGAUUGGCUGCAGUUUGUCGAAGAUCAGCUGUGAUUAUCUGGCUGCAGCUCUGAAGUGCAACCCCUCCCAUCUGAGAGAGCUGAAUCUGAUUAACAACAACCUGAAUCAUUCAGACGUGAAGCUGCUGUCUGAUCUUAAGAAGACUCCAUGCUGCACACUGGAGUUUCUGAGGUCAUGCUGCUUUCCUCAGUGA